GAUGGUGUUAGGUAGAUGUUGGCCGUAUCAGCACACAACGUAGAGCUGCGAGAUCCAGUUACUGUUCCUCACCUGCGCUAUGUGGUUUCAUCAGUCCCGAGGGGCUUGCAUGCGAGCGACAUCCCCGAGUCGCAUACAUGUACACAUGUCAUCGGAAGGGAUCAGGAGGAGAUGUUUCAACCUGCCACUGCCUGUGGAGUGCUGCUGAACCAAGGUUGGGUGGGCAGUCCAGAGAUCAUGGUGACUUCCCACAUGGGCUUCGACCUCCGUGCAUCACCUCCCCCCCCUCUCCUCGGCUCUCCUUGCUUUGCUGGUGGUGGUGGUGGCGUUGCUGCUUCGCAUCCGAGGGGAAACCUCCUUCCCUUCCCUACAAAACAUGGAGAUGGCAAUCGCCCAGCUCAACUCGGAGCUUCCUCCUCGAGUAAUGUACGGCCAUGGCCUGAAGAGGAUGCAUUGAACAAGAAGGAACUAUUAGCUGGAAACAAGAAGAAGAAGAAGAAGAAGAAAAAGAACAGUUUUGUAGGCAAUGAGAACAUGGUCAGCAAUCUAUCAAUCGGUGCUACAAGGAAGAAGAAGCUGAAGGUGAGGAAGAAGCUGAGGGAACCAAGGUUUUGCUUCAAGACAAUGAGCGAUGUGGAUGUGCUAGAUGAUGGUUACAAGUGGAGGAAGUAUGGGCAGAAGGUUGUCAAGGACACCCAACACCCAAGCUUUCUGCAGCCCUUCCAAACAAAGUGACAUCCUUUACCCUAUCCACCUUUCACAAGAGUACAUAAGAGUUAUGCAGGACUGAGAGAACCCUUUCCAAGAUUAAACAAGUUUAAGCUGCAAUUAAAAGCUAGUAAGUAAAAAGAGUCAUGUGAUGUUUUGCCAUGAACUUAAAGCUUGGGAUCAGAAGGAAUGAUGAUGACCCUCAUUGUCCGCAUGUCAUGUGGUUAACCAACAUGGAAUCUUUGCUUUCAUCAUUGUUGGCUGCUGCUUCCCACAGCUUAACUAACCAUGCAGUUAAUUCAGCAUGGAAUCUCCAUGUUCAUGAGGUGAUAGGCUUCUCCAUCACAUGAUCGAGUUGGUGCGAAGAAGAGUUCAUGGCAUUGCAAUGAUGCCUCCUUCUACCUUGUGGCCCCAACUGGUGUUGGCAAUCGAAUGUGCUCUCGUUAUAGGAAUGGCUGGGAUCGAUAAUUCGCGAAUCUU